AUGGGAACCCGCCAAGCCGAGGCCGCCUUGGACAAGGUUGGUUUUUUCCUGACUUCAAACACCGGCUUGGGUGAUAUGGAACGUCAUGAUGCAUGCCCAAUGGCGGCCAAUUCCUGCUUUAUCCCACGUACCAUACUUUACAAUACCCUCUUCGAGAUCAUCGGCCUUUUAAGUCCCUUCUGUGCUGCUCUAGUGUCAAGACCACGAUGGAAUCCAAGAGCGGCUGCUAUUUCACCAGCCCUGAUCCAUAACUGCAACACCUACGAUAUCCCAACUCGAUACACUGUACUGGUUACCCCUGGCUCCAGUGCCAAGAUUCUGGUUCGGUUCCCAAACCCCUUACCCAGUCAGAAGCCAGAGACUGUGGCCGAGGAUCCCUGUCCCAAUUUCACGUCAAGCAGAGUUGCGGACUGGGGCUCCGAUAUGCCCACAUUCGGGCUGGGAACGGCAAGGGAGCAGGCCAUGGAGCUCGACGAGAGACCCAGAAACUGA